AUGAAGAAGGUGAAUGCAACAGAAUUCAAGGUGUUGGAUGAAAAGAAGAAACGGAGGAAGAGUACAGAAGAAUCUCCAAAGAUCUGUAGAGACACUGAAUCAUCUGCCAAGACCUUCAGCAAGGAUGCUGGAUCUCAGACGGGUGAAUGGCUGUCAGGAGUUCCAGGAUUCCGAAAGUGUCAGCAACAGAAGUUUCUCACCAAGCUUCAUCCAAGUGCCAAAAGCUACCUGGUCUUUCCCUUCUCACACUUCUUCUCAACACCUCAUGAGAUUUACAAAUCUCCUAAUGGAGCUGGAUGCUGUGGUGGUUGUCGCCCCUCUCCAAGCUUCAUCGUGCCUCCUAAGGAUGACAAGAAGAAAGAUGCUGGAAAGUCAGCCAAGAAAGACAAAGACCCAGUAAAUAAGUCUGGUGGCAAUGUCAAAAAUAAGAAGUGGUCCAAAGGCAAAGUUCAGGACAAGCUCAACAAUCUAGUCCUGUUUGACAAAGCUACAUACGACAAACUCCGUAAGGAAGUGCUCAAUUAUAAGUUUACUACUCCAGCUGUGGUCUCUGAGAGACUGAAGAUUCUCGGUUCCUUGGCCAGGGCAGCCCUUCAAGAGCUACUUAGCAAAGGAUUUACCAAGCUGGUUUCAAAGCACAGACCCCAAGUAAUUUAUAUCAGAAACACAAAGGGUGGAGAUGCCCCAGGUGCCGGUGAAGAUGCAUAAACAGGCUCAAUCAGCUGUACAUUUGGAAAAAUAAAACUUUGUUGAAU